AUGGGCCACAGGGAUGGCACGACAAAGCACCUGCACCUGCAAGAAUGGUUCAGCGGCCUUGGCGGCUUGUCCUGGCAGUUGGCAGACUGGACGAAGCUGCAGGCGGCAGCCUGCCGCAGACACUUGCUGCCUGCACCACCUGCAUGCCUCGACUUCAAACGUCAGGGGACGGGCUGCGGCUCAGAAGAUGCGGCUUACGCGUGCGGGAUCAAAGACCGGCUUUGGAGUCGAGGCCUGGGUUUGCCAGCCUUGGUGGUGGCAAAAAGCAGACAGCGAGCGCCGUGCCGGAUCCACUCAGGCCGGUCUUGGCCUCAGUCGGACCUGACUGGGUUUGCACCAUGGAAGCCCAGAAGGGGCUGGGGCCGGAAGGCAGUUUGGGCAACGUGCCCACAAGUGCAGGCGCCUAUCGUCAGGGCUGGGGCUCAGAAUUCCGAAUUUGACUUCGUUGUAAAUGUCGCGACUGCUGCUUGA